AGAAAUCUCAAUUCCUGCAAUCGACUUUCGAGGAAUAUAUUAGAAAUGAAGUUCAUUAUGGAGUUUGCUGAGGAUUUGGUAUUGAGACUUAUGGAGGAUCCAAAAGAGAGAGAUCGCAGAUUCAGAGAGCAUAUUUAUGCGAUCAAGGAUCGGUGCCAAAAGACAAAGGAGAUGUGGAGCUAUCCUCUUCGUCCUUAUGGAUUUUGGACGUUUGACCGCCACAAUUCUCAGCUGAAGUGGGACCCACAAAUUAGUCAAGUUCCUGGUAGGAGGGAUCCUUAUGAUGAUAUGCUUCAGGACUUCAACAAUAGCUCAAAGUGAUUUGUGAAGAAUAUUUGCAAGACCUCAAUAAUUCGGUGGUGGAAGCGGGGAAGCUCUCAAGCAAUUUGUUUGAACGUUUGUUUAUUGCUUUUUAAUUUCUCGUGCUGUUAAGGAAGCACUUUGUGGGUUUGUAUUGUCAAACAGAGAUUUUGGUGCUGGAAUAAACAUUUUUAGCUCAUAAGACUAAAAAUUUCAAGUUGGUGAAUUUGAGAAACCGAUACCAUCAUUUUGUAUUAGUGUUUUAAGUAUACAUCACUUGGAAUUUCUUCUUAUAGUUGAUAUUGAUAUCAAAUGUUAUUCAUGGAGUUCUUGGUGGAUUAA